AUGAAGUUCGCUGUCAUCAGCACAGUGAUCUAUACCGCCACUGUUCUUGCCGCUCCUGGAGCCAUUUCGCUCAGCCGUUCCUUCAAGACCAUUUCGGUGCGCGAUGACAACAAUGUCGAGGGUACUAGUCAUAUUGCCUGUGUCGAGUGUCCAUGCGAAGUAUGUCUUCCUUAG